CCGGACGUGUCGCAACUCCCCGAUAACAGCGGCUAUAAAGCGGUCACGGGGCCGGAGUGGCCACAGCGGCCGGACCGGGCAGGGGACAGCGGCGAGCGGAGCCGCCACCAUGCCCCACGUUCUGCUCUUCCUCCCGCUCCUCAUCCUCAGCCGUGCCACGGCCGCGGCUGCCGGUCAGCGGGCGCUGCUGGCCGAGCUGGUGGGGCCGGCAGAGCCCGUCCCGCCGCGGGCACCGGGGAUCCCGUGCCAGACCCUUCGCCCCGACGCCCUGCCCGGUUUCUGGCGGCUGCCGCCGCUGCCCCGCGGCCUGGCCCGUGCCGCCAUGGCCCUGGCGCUGCACGGGGCCGGUUGUGCCGCCAUGGCCGAGGCCGAGGCGCGGGAGCUGGCACGGGAGCUGGGCACCCCCGCGGCCACGGCGCUGCUGCGGGGCCUGGCGCGGGUACCGGGCGCUCCGGCCCCGCGGCCGCUGGCCCUGCUGCUCCUCAGCCUGGCACGGCCGGGGGGCUCGGCCUGCCUGGAUCCCACCCAGCACCUCCAGACCCCCGUGCCCAGCACGGAGCCCACACCACGCUCGGGCCAGGCCGGCCGGGAACCCGCGGGGCUCCGGCCGUGCCGCGGCAUCGUGCGGCGGCGGCGGCGGGAGGACGAGGACGCCUGCAGCCCGGCGGGGGAGCGGGAAGCGCACCGGGUGCUGGACUGGGUACCGGGAGUCAGCGUCUUCUACAACCUGGGCACCAGCGUCUACUUCGCCUUCCAGGGCUGCGAGGCCGUGGCGUCCACGCGGGCGCUGCAGGCCGCCGAGGAGCUGGGCUACGCCGGGCUGGCCGCGCUCACCGGGGGCCUGGGGGGCCCCGUGGCUCUGGGGGUGCAGCUGGGGCUGCAGCCGGGGCUCAAGGCCGGCGUGCGGGCGCUCGUCGGGUACUUCACCUCGGCCGGGGAGCCCCCGCCGGUGCCCACUGCCCACAGCGGGGCCGUGGUCAUCGUCUGAAUAAAGGCCACGUGUGGCA